AUGAACUCAUUGCCAUCGUGCACAUCUUCCUCUGCCGUUUUUACCGUAACUGAUUCUGUGCCCGAAAAUACUGAUGUUUCACAUGUUAACGAGGGGAAUUGUCAGUUAUUCACGACCUCAACGAGAGGUUGUAUCCCCUCCUCCUAUGGGAAUGCAUCGAAUUUGUGCUACAGUCCUAAACCACCCACCACUUCCAAUCCUUACAUGCAGUACCAAUUAGCCGCCGGAGCACAUUUGGCCUAUUUCAAUACUUUUAUGAGGACUAACAAUAAUAAUAAAGAGUGUAGUGUGACACUCCGCUCACAACAGCACAGAAGGAAGCCGAGGGUUUUGUUUACACAACGUCAGGUGAGCGAAUUGGAGGAACGAUUCAAAAAACAACGUUAUGUGACGGCAAGUGAACGAGAAGAGCUAGCCAGUAGCUUAGGACUAAGCGCUACACAGGUAACAAACAGCGAUAUAGUGAAAAUCCAGGGUAGUGGAGGAACGGAGGAGGUUCAAUUUUAUGGUGACCGUAUCUUGAAAUCACAUGCGGCAUUGGAUUUUGUUGAGAUCAAAGAAAGAGGGGGAGGAAUUGGCGCGAACGAGUGUUCGAGAACGUCAGUAUCACCAUCUCACUUGCCGGAAAGCUGUGAUCCAUCGAAGACCGGCUACUCACCCCCCGUUACUUAUCGUUUACAUAUGAGGAUACUCCUAUUACUAACCCUCACCGGGUUAGCAGUCGGUUCGGAAAAGGAAUGGGACUGCGAUGAAUCCGUGAACGGACUUCAAGCUGUUGGAGAAUGCUCUAACCAAUUCAUUCAUUGCUAUAAUGGUAAACCAUUGUUUAAACAUUGUCCACGUGGUCUCGUCUUCAAUCCAGAAAGUAGUCUUUGCGACUAUGAUGGUAACGUAGCUGGAUGUGAAAAUCGGGAGGAAGUGAACUGCCUACACAAGAAGGAUGGGGUAUACACGAUCGGUUGUUCGUCCUCGUUCUUCUUCUGCAGCAAUGGACUCAUCCAUCAAAGCACCUGCCAACGAGGCCUCUUCUACGAUAUCGACCGGAACACGUGUGAUCACAAAUUCCGUGUACGUGCCUGUGGCGGUCAUCCGGAGGUGCAAAGAGAGCCGGUAACACGACCUCCACUCGUCAUACCAACCUAUCCUCCAUAUAUACCGCACAGGCAUCAGAAACAUGGUGGAUUUGCGAGAGUUCGAGGCUAUGGUCCAGCAUCGUCUGAGCCGAGAUUCAGCUGUGAGGGCAAGUCGUCGGGCCCAUACCCGAUUGGAAGCUGUGCGCAACAGUAUAUGGUGUGUACCGAUGGAAUUUCGCAGUUAGCUGAAUGUCCGGACGAGGAGGUCUUCAGCAGUUCAGGAAGAUGUAUGCCUCUGGAGCAAGUCUCCGAGUGCAAAACUUCAUCCGAGGACGCACCACAGUUUGACUGUUCAACUCGUGAAGAUGGGAACUACGGAAUAGGUUGCACGUCCGAUUUUAUUUUCUGCAGCGGUGGAAAUGCUCUACCCAUGAAAUGUCCUAACUCAUUGGUUUUCAACGACGCGAAAGGCUACUGUGAUUAUCCUGAAGCGUGUCAACAAAAAUCUGGAUCCAGUCCGCCGGCAAGCAAAUUGCCAGCUGCUGAUGCCUCGAAAUCCGUUUCAUCCAACUAUUGCGCGUUCCGAAAGAAUGGAUUCUACUCGGACGGGUGUACGGUGGACUUUAUUUCCUGUGAUGAAGGGGUAGCAACACCUAUGAAGUGCCCGCCAAAUUUGGUUUUUAAUGGGAAGAAGGGAUACUGUGACUAUCCAGAAUCCUGCUCAGCCGCUCCAGAUCAGGAUCAGACGUCGAAACCAGCAUCCAAGGAGUCGUCUGGUUUGUGUGUUGGACGUGCCAACGGAUACUAUUCCGACGGAUGUUCUCACGAUUUUGUGCUAUGCAGAGAUGGAGUGGCGACAACAAUGAGGUGCCCUUCUUCGUUGGUAUUCAAUAAGGAGAAGGGAUAUUGCGACUAUCCAGAGGAUUGUCAGGAAGAAGCCGGUGCAAAACCGGCUACCACGGCUUCAGAAUCAGCUCGUGUCUCCUCUAAUGCUCCUCCCUCUUCAUCAUCACUGGAUUGCACAGGAAGAAGAGAUGGAUACCAUUCGUUGGGUUGUACGCCUAACUUUGUCUUCUGUAAUGAUGGGAUCGCAACAUCGCUGGUAUGCCCUUCAUCGCUAGUAUUUAACAUGCAAAAGCAGCGUUGUGACUACCUGGAGAGCUGCCUUGUGGAAAAUCAGGAUGCAACCACUCGAGCCCCUGUUUUAGCACCACCAACGGCAUCGAAUAUUGAUUGUGUUGGUAAAACUGACGGAUUCUAUUCGAACGGUUGCAGCCCUUCUUAUGUGUUCUGCAAUGGAGGAAUAGCAACAGCUAUGAAAUGCCCAUCAUCGCUAGUCUUUGAUCAGAAGAAAGGUCGAUGUGAUUAUCCAGAAAAUUGCUCAGCGGAUACAGUUGUUGCUCCUCCUCUCGCACACACCCAACCGUCACCGCUACCGGCUAGUAAACCGCCUGCAGAAGUGUACGCUCCGCCCACAACAACCAGUGUUGUCGACUGCAAAGGGAAAAAAGACGGCUACUAUUCGAAUGGAUGCUCCGCUGAUUUUGUGUUUUGUAAUGAAGGAGUGGCGACAGCAAUGAAGUGUCCAUCAACGUUGGUGUUCAACGAGAAGAAGGGGCAUUGUGACUAUCCUGAAAACUGCUCAUCCGAACCGUCCGUGCCGUCACGUGCCGCUCACGUGCAGCCGCAGUCGGCGCCUGUGUAUGCUCCGGCCAGCUCAUCUGCCGUUGACUGCGCUGGCAAAAAGGAUGGAUAUUACUCAAAUGGUUGCACUCCUACGUUUGUGUUUUGCAAUGAAGGUGUCGCGACAACGAUGAAAUGUCCACCAACAUUAGUAUUUAACGGGAAGAAAGGACAUUGUGACUAUGUGGAGAACUGUACUCCAGAAGCGCCACCGGCACCACCAGUGCCUAUUCCUGCCUCGCAGCCAUCGGCAUCGUUCAUGCCUCCGGCACCCACCGCGUCGGCUUCGAAAGUCGUGGAUUGCAAAACGAAACCAAACGGAUACUACUCGAUCGGAUGUACAUCCGAAUAUAUUUCCUGUAACGAAGGAAUAGCGACAACAUUGAAAUGCCCAUCAUCGCUGAUAUACAAUGAAAGGAAAGGAUAUUGUGACUAUCCUGAGAACUGCGAGCAGGAGGUGGCUGCUAGCGCACAGGCUGACGCGGCAGGACCAAGCGCUGCGCCUACCUACAAUGCUCCGGUCCCAUCGAGUUUUGAUUGCGCUGGGAAGAUGGAUGGAUACUAUUCGAAGGGAUGUACUGAUGUUUUUGUGUACUGUAAUGAUGGAGUAGCAACAACCAUGAGAUGUCCUCCAAAUUUGGUGUUUAACGGGAAGAAGGGGAGUUGUGACUAUGUGGAGAACUGCUCUGCCGAUGUUCCUCUACCGCCACCGAUACCAGCUCCCUCCGCUGUGCCUCCUCCAGUUCCAUCCAAGCAGCCGUCUGUACAUGUGGCCGCCUCCGCGCCAAGCGCGACUACUGUGGAUUGCAAACUAAAGUCGGAUGGUUACUAUUCGAUCGGUUGCGUCUCGGAUUACGUUUACUGUAAUGGAGGAGUCGCGACUACAAUGAAAUGUCCAACACCGUUGGUAUACAAUGAGAAGAAAGCGCAAUGUGACUAUCCAGAAAACUGUCCUGCGGGACCGGCAGUUCCGGCUCAAACUGCUCCGGCAUAUCCAGUAUCUACUGCGUUGGAUGUUGAUUGUACCGGAAAGAAGGAUGGUUAUUAUUCUAAUGGAUGCUCGCCUACCUUUGUGUUCUGCAGUGACUCGGUUGCAACAUCGAUGAAAUGCCCACCAACGUUGGUGUUUAAUGAGAAGAAGGGACAUUGUGAUUACGCGGAGAAUUGCUCCGGAGAUGUAUCCGUGCCCGCUCCUGCUCCGGUUCCUUCCGCUGUUGUGCCUCCUCCAGCGGCAGCAGCAGCACCCAUGCAGCCUCCAGCACCGGUGGUGCCGGCUCCGCUUACAACCAGUAUCGAUUGCAAAACAAAACAGGACGGCUAUUAUUCCCGUGGCUGCACGUCUUAUUUCGUUUUCUGUAACGAAGGAAUGGCGACUACAAUGGAAUGUCCAUCGUCAUUGGUAUUCAAUGAGAAGAAGGGAUACUGCGAUUAUCCUGAGAACUGUGCAGCUGAGACGGUCGCAACUCCAGCCGCUGCUCCGACAAGGCCUUCUCCUCCUUCUGCCUACGCUCCUCCACCUCAUUCGGUUAUUGAUUGCGUCGGUAAAAAGGAUGGAUAUUAUUCGAAUGGUUGUUCACCGACCUUUGUGUACUGUAGUGACGGGGUUGCCACAACGAUGAAAUGCUCGCCGACGUUGGUGUUUAACGAGAUGAAGGGACAGUGUGAUUAUGUUGAGAAUUGCUCUGCGAGAUCUCCACCAGCGAUACCAUCUCCAGCACCCGUCGUUGUACCUCUUCCGGUAAUCCAGAAACCAGCACCUGUGGUACCUGCUCAGCUGCCGACAACCGUAAAUUGUAAGACAAAGCAGGAUGGCUACUAUUCGCUUGGAUGUACGUCCGAAUUUGUUUUCUGUAAUGAAGGAGUACCGACCACGAUGAAAUGUCCAUCCGCGUUGGUUUUCAACGAAAAGAAAGGAUAUUGUGACUAUCCGGAGAACUGCUCCUCGGAAUCAAAUCCGGCUGUUCCUGCUCCUGCCACACAGACUAGUUCUGCUCCUGUUCAUGCACCACCUAUGUCAUCUUCUGUUGAUUGUGCAUGGAAGAAAGAUGGAUACUAUUCGAACGGAUGUUCUCCGACCUUUGUCCAUUGCAGUGAAGGAGUCGCAACAUCGAUGAAAUGUCCUCCAUCGCUGGUGUUCAAUGAGAAGAAGGGACAUUGCGAUUACGUAGAGAAUUGCUCUACAGAAUCACCAGUUGUUCCCGUGCCGGCGCCAAGUAUGCAGCCUCCAGUUACUACUGUAUCACACUUGGAUUGUGCCGGAAAGAAGGAUGGUUACUAUUCGAAUGGAUGCUCUCCUGAAUUCGUCUUCUGUAGCGAAGGAGUAGCGACCACUAUGAAAUGCCCUGUCACGCUGGUAUUCAACGAAAAGAAGGGUCAUUGUGAUUAUGCGGAGAACUGCUCGGAUGUUCCAACGGUGCCCUCGAAACCUGUUGUUCCUCCUCCUUCUCCUCCUCCUCCUCUUCCUGCGCCUCAAGCACAACCUGCCUAUGCUCCACCUCCUGUGUCAAACCGUGUGGAUUGUACUGGAAAGAAGGAUGGAUACUACUCGAACGGCUGCACUCCAGAAUUUGUUUUCUGCAAUGAAGGGCUGGCAACUGUUAUGAAAUGUCCUGCGGCACUUGUGUUCAACGAGAAGAAGGGGCAUUGCGAUUACUUGGAGAACUGUUCCUCUGAGUCUCCAGUCCCACCGCUCAUGCCAGGACCUACAGCUGUUCCGCCGCCCCCGCCACCAACAGUUCCUGCCUCUGCUCCAGCAUCUAUGUCUUCACAUGUGGACUGCACCGGAAAGAAGGAUGGGUAUUACUCGAACGGUUGCACCGCCACUUUUGUGUCUUGUAGUAAUGGAGUAGCGACCACAAUGAAUUGUCCUCCGACGCUUGUAUUCAAUGAAAAGAAGGGGCAUUGCGAUUACAUGGAGCAGUGUUCGGCCGAGACGUCAAUGGCUGCUGCUCCGCCGGUAGUGCCGGUGCCGGUUCCUCAGGCUCCUUUUCCAGCAUCAUCACCGGUGAAAUGCGCUGGAAAGAAGGACGGCUACUACUCGAACGGUUGCUCAUCGGUGUUUGUGUUCUGCAGCGAAGGAGUUGCGACCCCAAUGAAAUGUCCUCCAUCACUCGUUUUCAACGAGAAGAAGGGACAUUGUGACUAUGUGGAGAAUUGUUCGACCGAAUCCGCUGCCGUCCAACCAUCGGUCACCGCCAUGGAUCAGCCCACGCCGGCGUACGCUCCUUCCGUUGACAGAUUCGUGGAUUGUACCGGAAAGAAGGAUGGGUAUUAUUCAAACGGAUGCACUGCAGAAUUCGUUCUGUGUAGCGACGGUGUGGCGACCAACAUGAAAUGCCCUCCAACGUUGGUAUUCAACCAGAAGAAAGGUCAGUGCGACUACGUUGAGAACUGCUCCUCCUCGCCGCCUCCAUUGGCGCCUUCUGUGAUCAAACCUCCGGCACCUGGCCUCGCUCCGCCAUACGUUCCACAAAACGCUGCAGGAAGCAUUGAAUGUGCCGGGAAAGCGGAUGGAUAUUACUCGAAUGGAUGUUUCACGGAAUUUGUUCAUUGCAGUGGUGGUGUCGCCACCAAAAUGACUUGUCCUUCAUUGCUUGUCUUCAAUGAGAAGAAAGGAUACUGUGACUAUCCGGAGAGCUGUAUCUCGGAAGUCCCCACUAAUGUGCCGGCGCCAUCGAACUCGAUGCCAGUACCGUCUCCUCCAAGCGCCUCCUCUCCUGAGGUUGUCAACUGCGUAGGAAAGAGUGAUGGAUACUACUCGAAUGGCUGCUCGCCAAUAUUUGUAUUCUGUAGCGAAGGUGUUGCGACUACGAUGAAAUGUCCGUCAUCAUUGGUGUUCAAUGCGAAGAAGGGUCAUUGCGAUUAUGUGGAGAACUGUUCCUCAGACAAAUCCACGGACGCUGCACAUCCAGCCGCAUCAAUGAUGGAUAAUCACGCUCCCGCUUACUUCCAGUCAUCUCCGGAUUCUGGUAUUAAUUGUAACGGGAAACAGGACGGUUACUAUUCGAAUGGUUGUUCCUCUGAGUUCGUUUUUUGUAGUCAGGGGGUUGCGACGGCGAUGACUUGCCCUCCGUCCUUGGUAUUCAACGAGCGAAGCGGAAACUGUGAUUAUCCAGAAAAUUGCGUAGCCGAAGUGGUGCACUCAAAUCCACCUCCACCGAGUCGUGUACCAGUACAACCUGUUCCCACUCCUGCACACGUCCCACCAAGUUCCUCAGCCAUGGAUUGUGCCGGGAAAUCUGACGGCUACUACUCGAAUGGAUGUUCGAAUGAAUUUGUUUUUUGUACUGAGGGGAGCGCAACACUAAUGAAAUGUCCUCUUUCACUAGUAUUCAAUGCGAUGAAAGGAUACUGCGAUUACGUGGAGAAUUGCUCCACGGAUGGAGCUGGUACGGCGCCAACACCGCAGGUUAUCGCACCGCAACCUCGGCCAGUUCCUCCGCCACCUUCGCUAGCUUCGCCACCGACAACACCGGACGGUCGUGUGCAUUGCCAGGGGAGGCCGGAAGGUUUCUACUCGAAUGGAUGCACUUCUGAAUUUUUCUACUGCAGUGAGGGGAUUCCAACAGAAAUGAAAUGUCCUGUAUCACUUGUGUUCAAUGAGAAGAACGGAUAUUGCGACUAUCCAGAGAACUGCGACAAAGGAAUAACGGGACCCACCGUACCCAUUCCAUUGCCACAACAACCAAGUCGGGAUCCAGCGUACUCUACGUCCGGCACUAUUGAUUGCAAAGGUCGUCCGAAUGGAUACCACUCAAAUGGCUGCUCUCCGGAUUUCGUCUACUGCAAUGAAGGGGUUGCUACGAUUAUGAAAUGUCCUCCAUCGUUGGUGUUCAACAAGAAAAACGGACAUUGUGACUAUGUGGAGAACUGCUCAAGUGAUGUCCCUCUACCUCCUCCUCAGCCUCCUAGUCCUCCUUUGGUGCAAGCACCCGGUUACACAGCGAAACCACCUGCAGCGAUGGGUCCUGCAGCGCUCUCGCCACCGGUGACGUCAGCCGUUCUGGAUUGUACCGGACGUCCGAACGGAUAUCAUUCGAAUGGUUGUACUGCGGAGUUUGUGUACUGUAAUGAGGGUGUCGCCACUUUAAUGAAAUGUCCUACAUCAUUAGUCUUCAAUAAGAAGACGGGACAAUGUGACUAUCCGGAGCAUUGCUCUUCGGAAGUUCCUGUUGUGGCACCACAAGUUUCUGUCCAAGCUCCUUCGGUGUUCUCUCAUCCGGCAUCAUCGACUCUGGAUUGUACCGGACGCCCGAACGGCUACCACUCAAACGGUUGCACGUCAGAAUUCGUUUUUUGCAGUGAAGGAGUGGCAACAGUAAUGAAAUGUCCACAAUCGUUGGUGUUCAAUGAAAGGAAGGGAUAUUGUGAUUACGUCGAGAACUGCUCUGUCGCACCUUCCGUCUCCGCCCCGAUCGCACCACCGCAGCCAGUACCACCGCCUCCGGCGCUUUCUCCUCCGUCGGUGAUGUCAAAAAUGGAUUGCACUGGACGUCCGGACGGAUACCAUUCCCUUGGAUGUACAUCAGAGUUCUUUUUCUGCGUUGAAGGUGUUGCCACUAUGAUGAAAUGCCCCACAUCGUUAGUGUUCAACGCAAAGAAGGGUCAGUGUGACUAUCCGGAAAAUUGCGACGGACCUGUUGUGUCGCCACCUGCUCCGAGCCUUCCCGUACAGCAAGAGCAACCGUCAGCUCGGUAUCAACCAUCUGCAUCCACAUCUCUGGAUUGCACUGGACGUACGAAUGGCUUUCACUCGAACGGCUGCACUCCGGAAUUCGUGUACUGCGUUGAAGGUGUCGCCACCCUUAUGAAUUGUCCUGCAACGUUGGUGUUCAACGAGAAGAAAGGAUACUGUGACUAUCCGGAGAGCUGUUCAUCCGCGGUCCCACCUGUGGUAGCGAAGCCGAGCCCGAUACUACCGCCACCAUCUCAGCAGGCUCCUAUCGUAUCACCGCAGCCUAUGGAUUGUACCAACCGUCCAAACGGACAUUAUUCGAACGGAUGCACUCCAGACUUUAUGUACUGUAACGAUGGAGUGGCGAUUAUGAUGAAGUGCCCAUCGUCGCUGGUUUUCAACGAGAAGAAGGGAUAUUGUGACUAUCCAGAGAGUUGUUCGUCCGGAGGCUCUUCGCCAAUUCCUCUUCCUCCAGUUUCUUCCGCUCAGCAGGAUCAACGGGCACCACAGUCUUCAUUUGAUUGCACCGGACGUCAAAAUGGACAUUACUCGAACGGAUGCUCUACAGAUUUUGUGUACUGCUAUGAAGGUGUGGCGACUACGAUGCGAUGCCCAUCGUCGUUGGUAUUCAACGAACAGAAAGGAUACUGCGAUUAUCCAGAAAAUUGCUCAGCUGGUUCUGCUCCGCUAGUUCCUCCAGUUCCGGCGCCAGUAGCUCCUUCGCAAUCGCAACAGUCACCAGCUUACUCACCAUCAUCUCAGUCAAUCGAUUGUACCGGUCGUCCAAGCGGCUACUAUUCGAUGGGAUGCUCCGGAGAUUUUGUGUUUUGCAAUGAAGGAAACCGUGUUUUAAUGAAAUGCCCAUCCUCGUUGGUGUUCAAUGAGAAGAAAGGAUACUGUGACUAUCCGGAGAAUUGCAAACAAUCGCCGGCAGUUCCGCCUGUGCCUGCGCCACAACCUCCGUCACAACCGCCGGCACUGUCUCCACCGUCAUCAAGCGUCAGCUGUGCCGGACGGCAAACCGGUUACUAUUCGAAUGGAUGCACCGCCGACUUUGUCUACUGCAAUGAAGGCGUCGCCACUCAAAUGAAAUGUCCAUCCACACUCGUCUUCAACAUGGAGAAAGGCUAUUGCGAUUACGUUGAAAACUGCUCGGCUGAUGCUCCUCCUCCCGCCUCAUUACCUCAGUAUGGUGGUCCACAACCUCAACUGCAACCGGUUCAACCGCCAGUUCUCUCCCCACCUCGUCUGGAUUGCACUGGCCGCCAAAAUGGACACUACUCUGUCGGCUGUUCUCCGGACUUUGUGUUCUGUCACGACGGCGUCGCCACUAUGAUGAAGUGUCCAUCAUCUCUUGUCUUUAAUGAGCAGAAGGGUUACUGCGAUUAUCCGGAAAGCUGUUUGUCUGGAGGUUCGUCGGCGGUUCCACCGCCACCCGUCUCUCAGUCUCAGCUGUCUCCACCGUCAUCUUCCUCAGGUGUUAAUUGUGCUGGUCGCGAGAAUGGAUACUACUCCACUGGGUGUUCUGGGGAUUUCGUUUUCUGCUCCGAAGGCGUUGCAACAAUGAUGAGAUGCCCUACUGGAUUAGUUUUCAACGAGGAUAUGGGUUACUGCGAUUAUCCAGACAGUUGCUCAUCUGAAAGUGAUGGAUCCACGGCGCAAACACAAACUCCGAAGCCAACACCAGGUUCCACGAAGCCAGGACGACCCUCUGGAGCAUUUUCACCUCCAGCGACGGCGACGAGCGGUGAAUGCGCAGGACGUCAAAAUGGAUACUAUUCGAAUGGAUGCUCUUCCGAAUUUGUAUACUGUAACGAAGGAGUCCCUACUGCUAUGAAAUGUCCAUCGUCGUUAGUGUUCAAUGAGAAAAUGGGCUAUUGUGACUAUCCAGAACUGUGCGCAUCCGGUGACCAAGGCUCCUACGCUCCUCCGGAAGUUUCGAAGCCGUCGAAGUCUGCGUUAAGCUUUGUUUGUCCCGAAACGAAUGGAGUUUUUUCGCUUGGAUGUUCCGUGGAAUUUGUGGUAUGCUCGAAUGAUGUCGCACAAUUGAUGACAUGCCCGGAGGGAUUAGUUUUCAAUGCCGCGCAAGGUUAUUGUGAUCAUAAGGAGAAUUGUCGAGAAGGAUUGGAUCAGGCGAAACCAUCUACAACUCCUUCAGCGCCUACGUCGAGCGAUUACAAGCCUCCGUCUAUUUCAUCCGAAUGCACUGAUCUUCCGGACGGAACAUUCGGAUCACAAUGUGGAUCAUCGUUUGUGGUCUGCUCGAACGGGGUCUCGUAUACCAUGAGCUGCCCAUCGGACCUUGUCUUUGACGCGAAAAAGAGUCGUUGUGUGUAUCCGGACGAAUGUGGUGAGAAAUCCAGUGCACAGAGCCCUGCCGAAACCACAACUCCAUCCUACGUUCCACAGAAUUCACGAAACGAUUGUGUUGGAAAACCGGACGGUCUACAUUCGCUUGGAUGUAUCGGGGAAUUUCUGCAAUGUGUCGACGGUAGAACAUACAGUCUCUACUGUCCGGCUGGUCUCGUUUUCGUGGAACAACUCGGAGCAUGUGACGUACCGUCGGCAUGUAAACCUACACCGAAACCGGAGAAUGUGAGCGGACCGCUACCGUACGAGCCGGUGAUGAGUCCUGGCACGGGUGCAGGCAACGGAAGUUGCGACCUGGAAGGAUACUUUUCGCACUUUUGCGCUGUGGAAUUCUUCAAUUGCGUGCAUGGACGGAAGUUUGUCGGGAAAUGUCCGGCUGGUCUGGUAUUCAAUCCACACAAGAACGCCUGCGAUUAUGUGGAGAGCUGCGUGAGCAGAGGAGAAGAUCAGUCGAGACCAUCACUCGCGCUACCGAUUCCCAGCACUGAAACCAACAAAGAUAAUUCGUGCAAGGACCGACCGGAUGGAGUGAUCACGGACUCUGAUUGUCAGCCACAAUUCACCACCUGUCUAAGUGGAACUGCGUUCGUCACGAAAUGUCCGGCUGGUCUCGUGUAUUCGAUCGCGGCUAAACUGUGCGAUUAUCCGGAAGCAUGUGAGCGUAAGGAUUAUGACAAACCGACUACCGCGCCUGCAGUCGUUGCACCACCAGCGAAGCCUGAUGUGACCUACCAGGAUACGGCCGUGGGAAUGGAUUUGUGUUUGAACAACUCGAACGGUCCGAUGAAGACCUCAAAUUGUCGCCAUUCGUUCUCGUUUUGCGUUCAUAGCGCUCUCUAUACGAUGAAAUGUCCGGAUGGGCUACUAUUUUCCGUUGUAUCACACAAGUGUGAAUGGGCUUCGAUGUGCGACAUCGUUCCGGAAACUACAACCACCUUAAUGCCGGUGACGUACGUCCCGACGUCAGCGCCUUCAGCCAGCUACCCAUCCAGGGACAGCACCAGCACAUCGACGAGUGUGACAGAUUUUGAUUGCACGAAUCUUCCGGAUGGGAACCGUCCGCUGGGUGAAUGCGUUGGACGUUUUGUGAUGUGCUCGAACGGACAUGCGUACGUGCAGUUCUGUCCUCAUGGACUCGUGUACAAUUCGGCUAAGGGUGCGUGCGAUUAUGAAUGCGGUGCUCCAACAUAUCCUCAAAUAACGACACCGUCACAACAGGUUGAAUGCUUGACUAGCCAAGCGUUAGGCCGUUGCUCGUCAAGGUUUAAUCGAUGCUUGAAUGGAAGACUGGUGCCGUCACAAUGUCCUGGAAAAUCGCUAUUCGAUGAGGCGUUAUCCUUGUGCGUGUAUGAUCUGCCGGAAUGUCGAGCGGAGGAUGUAACGCCACCAACGUACUAUCCACCGGCUCAGGAUGCUACGACUCCAACGCCUGUACGACCAGCACCGGCUCCGGGAUAUCCCCCGCCGGCAUAUGAACCACCUCAGUAUUCGAAGCCACAGUACGAGGCUCCACAGUACACGCCACCACAGCCAUCACAGUACCAGCCACCACAGUACCAGCCACCACAGUACCAGCCACCACAGUACCAGCCACCACAGUACCAGCCACCACAGUAUACUCCACCACAAUACCAGCCACCACAGUAUACUCCACCACAGUAUCCGCCACCGUCAUUCCAUCCACCUCCAUACAUUCCACCGCAACCGUUCCAGCACCAUCCAUUCCCUCCGCAAUUCCCUCCAUUUUUACCGAUGCCAUUCCCGGACGUAAUGCAUGGCAGAGACAGAGUGAACAAGGGAAUGAUACCGUUUGAACCUCGUUCCAUGCUUAACGGGGAGCGACGUUACAUUUUGAAGGAUAUCUUUGAUGGACAUUCCAGUCCAUACCUCUAUCCAUUCAUUAACCGAAUAUUUGUGCCGAAUCACCACAAGAAACGCAAGCAUCACGAUCGACGUCCAGAUUCGAAAGAAACCGAUUUUGAUGUGUCGAAGCUGUUCGAAAGCGUUAAGGAUGAUCCGGAACUUCCAAUGCCAAUCCAGGUCCCAAAUACUACUACCGUAACCCCGGUUCCGAUAGCUAUGUUUGAGGAGCAUACUGACGAGGAUUAUGCAGAUGAUCAUGAGGAGGAAUAUGAUGAGGAGGGCUCUGGAGUGGAGGUGUCACGUCGGAAGCGAAGUUACGUGUCUGUUCCGGAAAACAGCGAAGCAGGGCAGCAGGAUUUUUCCAUGUGUACAACUGAGCUCGCACCUGGUGUGAUUUCAUUGGGAUUCUGUCGUCAGGAUUUCAUCUUUUGCAGAGCACUGAAAGCUGGUUUGAUGGCAGCAUGUCCAGUUGGUGAUUUAUUCGACGGGAACUUGAAAAAAUGCGUGUCCUCUCGAUCCUGUGGAAAAGAACAGUCGGCGGCGGAUGUUCCACUAAUGGGACCAGAUGUCUAUGAUUCGCCGCCCGUCGCAACAACAUCUGCCCCGGCGUACAAACCGAUUCCCAGGAAGCUUUCAGCCGAUAGAGCAGCCCCUCGAUACACUCCUGCACCACCACCAGCGCCAGUUACCGUACCAUCCGUGCCUAUGUACAGUGCGGCGUAUGCUGUUCCCACGACGACAACUACGAUGAGACCACCGUAUCAGCAGCCACUGAUUAUUCCGGUGCCAAUUCCAGCCGCUCCACCGAGACCAGCCGCAGCUCCUGUCCGACCACCACCACCAUCAUUUGCACCAAGACCGCGUCCAGCACCAGUUCGUGUACCACGCCCAGUAUCUGCUUCAUUCCUGCAGUCGAACCCGAUGGUUGAGUGCACAUCGAACACUGACUACGCUCUGGAUUGUUCCGGAAAUUUUGUGAAAUGUGUGCACGGUAUCGCGUACAAAAUGAAAUGUCCAGAGGGUUUGGUUUACGAUCAAACAAAACAGUACUGUGAUUAUCCGGGAAAUGUACUAGGAUGUAGCAUGAGUCAUUCGCCAAGACCGUAUCCGUUUUUUCCCGAUGACGAGCCGGAGGAGCCUGUGAAUUCAUAUUCUUUUUUUCCUGAAGAAGAGGAGCAAAUGGAAUCGCUAAAACCUCACAAACCUCGAAAACCUCAUCGGCCACGCAAACCUCAUCAUUUGCACAAGCCGUAUAGACCUAAGAAGGUACAACCGACAGCCGCCCCUGUGCUAGAUGUCCCAGUUAGAACCACUCCAGCUACUCCUGAUUUCUGCGCUACAUUACCUGAUGGGCUGCACAGCCAAGGAUGCACAGCUUCAUUUGUAAUCUGUACCGAUGGUAGAAUCCAGGCUUCAAUGAAUUGUCCAAUGGGUACAUUCUUCGACGAGAAUCGUCAAGUUUGUGAAUUUAAGGAGAAAGUUGUGGCAUGCGGUGGAUCACUGGAUGAACCUGCACCGGUUCCCUCGUAUCCAGUAGUGACCAGGACAACAACUCCUUCGACGCCAGCACGUGACGAUAAUUGUCCUGGUGUUCCACAAGCGGUAGGACGGUGUUCGUCGAAGUUCGUGAUCUGUUCGAAUGGAAUCGAGAGCGAGUUCAACUGCUCUAAACCUCUUGUGUUCAAUCCACUAACGAAUACAUGCGAUUUCCGGGAAUUUGUUUCGGGAUGCGAGAAAUUCCAAGGUCUUGACGUACCUUACUAUGCUGCUCCCUCAACUCAACAGACAACUACCACAACACAACAAACAACUACGACAACUGAGCCGCUCAGAUGUAUUUACAACGAUAAGCGGCCAGCAUUUGCACUUGACUACUGUUCCCGAAUCUAUGGAAUUUGCACACUUUAUGGAAUUCUGAAACGUGACGAGUGUGCGAUUGGAUUCCUAUUCGAUUCACAUCUGAAUACAUGUGUCCCAGCUGAACAAUGCGGUCAAGAACGUCUUAAGGAACUUUUAAGCCAGGCCACCCACGCUGCACCUGCACCCGCAGCUCCGGUCUCCGCCGCUCAAGUUGAUCAGUCUGCCGCGAAGUAUGCACCGAGAAAGGAUGACCGAUGUCGGAACACCGCCGACGGAGUGAUGAAACCGCUUGGACGAUGUCGUUCCUCGUACAUCCGAUGCACAUCCGGAGAAGUGAUGAUUGAACCGUGCGCGACCGCAGCCGAGGUGUUCUCGGUGGCCGCUGGCGCUUGUGUGCUACGAGUGAACGCACCGGAAUGUCAUAGCGGCGGACCGGCACGAACUCCAUCAUACGCUCCACCGCUUGCGGAUUCGAAUGAUCCGUUAACGUUCUGCAAGGCUCGCAGUGACGGAUUGUACAGGAACCCAACGGAUUGCGCUGGAAUACUUCAGUGCUUUGGCGGAGACGUGUUCGAAUAUCCAUCCUGUUCAUCCGGACUUGUUUUCAACGAAGCCACAGGCAAAUGCGACUACAGAGAAGCGGUUCCAGAAUGCAAACUACCGGCUGAUGAUGAUCAAGUCUUGAAUGGAUGCCGUGGUGCUAGCCAUGGUGACCUGGUGCCACACGAAGGCGAUUGUCGACAAUUCUAUCGAUGCGUAUGGGAUCGGUUGGAGAGAAUGCAUUGCCCGUCCGGAACCGUUUUCAAUCCAGAAUUAUCCUUAUGCGAUUAUCCAGCAAAUGUACCUCAAUGUAGGAAUAGUGAUGACGUGGAUCUGGAAGACAACUCAGUUGAAUUAGCUCCAUCUUAUCGAUAG